UCGCGCGGAUCUUGGGUUCUUGCGUUUCUCCGAGUCGAUCGAUCGGACGGCGAUUAUGGCGACAGCGGCGGGCGAUGCGAAGAAGACGAUAACGUUGCGGAGCUCCGACGGGGAGGAGUUCGAGGUGGAGGAGGCGGCGGCGAAGCAGUCGAAGACGCUCACGAACAUCAUCGAGGACGGGUGCGCCGACGGCGGGAUCCCCGUCUCCAACGUCACUGGCAAAGUCCUCGCCAAGGUCCUCGAGUACUGCAAGAAGCACGCCGACUCUGCCGCCACUGAGGAGGAGAUCGCCGCCUGGGACUACGAGUACAUCAACGUGGAGCAGGACGUCCUCUACGAGGUCAUCGUGGCCUCCAACUAUCUGAACAUCAAAAGCCUUUUGGAGCUCGGCUGCCGCGGAGCGGCUGAUAUGAUCAAGGGAAGGACUCCUGCGGAGAUCCGGCAGUGGUUCAAAAUCCCGAAUGACUUCUCUGCUGAGGAAUUGCGAGAGGUCAAGAGGGAGAUGUUAUGGGCCUUUGAAUAAAGGAAAAGAAAGGAUUGAGCUCUUUACACUUGCUCUGCUCAUACAGGGUUGAUAACUGGUAGCUGCAACAUAGAAAUGAUUAAGAGAUGCAGAGCAUCAAAAAUUUGGCAGGACCUUUUUCUUGCUCUCCUUCUUUAGUCGAUAUAGUCAGAUUGGUAUACGCAUGCACCUCACUGUUUUGGAUGCAGGCAAUGGUUAAAAAGUUUUGAACGUUUCCAAGUAAUUCUGUUCCUUGAAAUAAUGGUGGCCUAUCAAUUCUGUUGAAUCUAUCAUUACUCAUUCCUCA